AUUAAUCCGUGGACGUGGACUCUUAUUUUGAAGCGGACCGGAAGUUGUUUGUACCGAGUCUGAAUUCCGUCUGGAGACGGGUAUUUUGAGGAAGAUACUUUUUUAUUUGACUCCCUGCUCUUCUUAAGCGCUGUUUUCUACGCGGUUGUCGGUCUGAGCCCGAGCAUGGCAGACCCGGCCCGUGUGAAACCUGACGCAGGGUUCAGAGAAGCAAGCGGGCCCACAGAGAGAGCCAAACCGAGCGAGGGGCCCGGGGACGCUCCGGGGGCCGGCGGUAAAGCCUCUGAACCCGCUGCUGUCCAGGCCGCUGCCAGAGAGGAGGGCAAAGCCAGGUCCGCAGAAGAUGCUGCCGCCGCCGCCGGUGAGGAAGACGAAGAGGGAUCUUCGUCACUUCAUCCUCCUGCUGCUAAAAAACUGAAAGUGGAGCACGACAAGAAGAAGGAGAAACGCCAUAAAGUUGAUGAAGAUGAAAUACAAAAGAUGCAAGUUUUAGUGUCCUCGUUCUCUGAAGAGCAGCUGAAUCGCUACGAGAUGUACCGACGCGCCGCUUUCCCAAAGGCAGCCAUUAAAAGACUGAUUCAGUCCAUCACAGGAUCCUCCGUCUCUCAGAACGUGGUCAUCGCCAUGUCAGGAAUUGCCAAGGUGUUUGCCGGGGAGAUUGUUGAGGAAGCUCUGGAUGUGUGCGAGAAGUGGGGAGACACGCCUCCUCUGCAGCCCAAACACAUGAGAGAAGCCGUCCGGAGACUGAAGAGCCGAGAGCAAAUCCCCAACACCAAACACAAAAAGAUCAUCUUCCACUGAGCUCCAGGGCCGCUUGUGACUUCAUUCUGUUUCAAAGGACUCUGGGAGUGUUUUUGUGGGGACGCCGAAUGGACGCAGACAUCUUUUUUCAGAUAUCUGUUGGGAACGCGCUUUUUGUUAUCUGUCUCUGGUUUUAUCCACAGUCUGGAGCAUGUGACAAAAAAAAUCCUGUUAAUGACUUUUAGGAUGAUAAAUAUUGUACUAUUCCUAGCUGUCGCUCGAAAGUAAGUAUACCAUUGAAAUGUCUGUUGAUUUGUUUUUUAAUCUGUUUUAUUUUGGGAGUAUGCGUGCAGUGAUGUUUUGUGUAUUAUAUAAAAAUGCCAUCUUUGGAGUUGAGGCAGAAAAAAUGAAAAAAAUAAAUAUUUUGGUGAAA